UCCCAUGAACCACUCAUCUUGUUUUAAUCCCAUGAAUUUGAGAGGAACUUAUCAUCAAUUCUUAGUACCUCAUCACAACACCAACAAAAGGUUCAAAUUUUCCCCAAGAAAAUAAUCAAAAUAUCAGGGCCCAUAAAUAAUUUCCUCAAGGCCGGAAAACUAUGAAGAAAUCUGAAAAUGAAUCUGAAGUUGAAAUUCUCAAGGCUGUGGCGCAAGCAUGGCAUGGACAUUCCAGCAGUUCAAAGACAGCAACCUCGGAAUUCGAUGCCCGCAGGUUGAAUUUCACGAACAAACCAACUAGAUUCAAGCUUGAAGCAAUGGGUGUGUAUUCAAGAAAAGACAGCGUAAAAUCUUGGGAUUUUGGGCAGUCACUUUGGGAUUCUUAUGAGAUUGUGACGGUGUCUAAAAGAUUGGAAACUGGACUACUGUUGGAAAAUCCAUUUUCUGCAUUGGACGAACAAAAAUCUGCUGCGAAAAGGCGAAAAGAGAGUUCGAAUAGUUUGAGGAAUUUGUUCAAUAGAACGUCUUCUAGGAGAUUUAAUGAAGACGAUUUGCCAGAAUAGUCAAGUUUUUAUAGUGUGAUUUUAUCAGUUUUGCUUUCUAAUUACAUAUAAUUUCAAUUUUGAGAAGGUAAACUCUCUUCAUUUUCA